GUGGGUGCAUCGAAUUUUGUGGGCCAUGAAGUUUAUCCUAUGCAAAGCUUACUGGAAUUCCCCAAUUCGGCAGCUCAGCUCCAUGCCGCCAUAAUCAGCAGACUACUUGGAAGUUACCGCAAUACAAAAACCCAAAUCUAUGGGAACUGUUUCUCUAUUCCUCGCAACGUCCCUACGAUCGCACCAUUUUCCUUCAACACAAACCCUUCUUUCUAACUUCGCAGCUUCGUCGCAAGUCGUUUCGUUUACUCCCAAAUGCACUAGAUUCCGCCGGAAAAGCGUGGUUUUCGGGAAGCAAUCAAGCAACGAGGAUGAAUCUCAGUUUCUAGAUGAAAAUGGUGCCGUCAAUGAUAUGGAUGGAUAUUUGAAUUACCACUCUUUCGAAUAUGACUCCGUUUGGGAUACAAAGCCUUCUUGGUGUCAACCAUGGACUAUAACACUGACAGGAUUACUAGUAAUUGCCUCUAGCUGGUUACUUAUAAAGUCGAUAGCAGUGACCGCAGUAGUACUCACAUUGAUAUGCUCAUGGUGGUACAUCUUUCUUUACUCAUACCCAAAGGCUUAUACUGAUAUGAUUGCGGAGCGAAGAAGAAAGGUUAGUGAUGGAGUUGAAGACACAUUUGGUGUGAAAAGGACACAGUGAUUACCGCCUGCUUCUCUGCUUCUACGAGGCUUUUGCUGACUUCUCUGUGCUACGUGCUCUAUGAUCUAUAAAGAACUGUAAACGCAGGUGGCAUGAGAAACAUAUAGCUAAGCGAACCAAGUGUUUCUUCUUCAGACUCUUAAACCAAUGCAUAGUUCUUUUAAAAUCUUUGAUUUUAGAUACUAUUUUGGUUUUGAUUC